AGGGCGCACCGCGGCGCGCGGGUCCGCGGCCAUGUUGCGGUAGUUUGUUGUUUUCUUCCCGCGGAGGCGAAGGGGCUGCCGGGGACCGCGACGCGCCCGGCCUCGCCUCUGCGUCCUCCUCGCUCCGGUCCUGGCACGCGGUCUGCCCCCGAGCCCCCGUCCCCGUCCUCCGCCACCAGUCCCGGGGCCCGGACCAGGCCCGUCGGCCCGCCAGCUGGCUUGGUGGGGCGAGGCUGAAGGCCGGGCCCAGCGAGCACCAUGGCGGCCGCCCUGGGAGCGGGCGGCGGAGCAGGCGCCGGAGAUGACGACUUUGACCAGUUUGAUAAGCCUGGUGCAGAACGGUCCUGGAGAAGAAGAGCUGCUGAUGAGGAUUGGGACAGUGAACUUGAAGAUGACUUACUUGGAGAAGAUUUGCUAUCUGGCAAAAAGAAUCAGUCAGAUUUGUCAGAUGAAGAGCUAAAUGAUGAUCUUUUACAGAGUGAUAAUGAAGAUGAAGAAAAUUUCAGUUCUCAGGGUGUGACAAUUAGUCUCAAUACCACAUCUGGCAUGGUUACAUCAUUUGAACUGUCUGACAACACUAAUGACCCAUCUGGAGAACAGGAAUCUGAGUAUGAACAAGGAGAGGAUGAACUAGUGUAUCACAAAUCUGAUGGAUCUGAAUUGUAUACUCAAGAGUACUCAGAAGAAGGACAGUAUGAAGGCCAUGAUGCUGAGUUGACAGAAGACCAGAUAGAAUAUGUGGAAGAACCAGAGGAGGAGCAACUUUACAGUGAUGAAGUGUUAGACAUUGAAAUCAAUGAACCUUUAGAUGAAUUUACAGAUGAAGAAUACUUGCAGGCUCGCGGUGGGCAGCAGGGGCUGCGCGGGCAGGAGGACUGUGUUGCUGGAGAGGCGUUAGAUGAGAUUACUGAGUCCCAGGUUGCUCCUGACACUGAAGAGGGAGGUAUGGAAACUUUGGAACUCCAAAAGGACGUAAAAGAAGAAUCAGAUGAAGAAGAAGAUGAUGAUGAAGAAUCUGGACGAUUACGUUUCAAAACUGAAAGGAAAGAAGGAACAAUUAUUAGGCUCUCAGAUGUAACUAGAGAGAGAAGGAACAUUCCAGAAACUUUGGAGCUUUCAGCAGAGGCCAAAGCGGCAUUACUUGAAUUUGAAGAAAGAGAACGACAGCAUAAACAAGGACGCUAUGGCUCCAGGCGGGGAGGCCGGCGCGGAGGCCCGCUGAUGUGUCGUGGCGUGGGGGACCAGAGGAGAGAGAGCAGUGAGAGGGGCAGGAUGAAGGACCACAGACCCGCGCUGCUUCCGACACAGCCUCCCAUUGUGACUCACUCUCCAAGAUUAAUUCCUCCUCCGCAGCCACAGCCUCCCCCACCGCCGCCACCGCCUCCGCAGCAGCAGCCAAUCAGAAGUCUGUUCCAGCAGCAGCAGCUCCAGCCGCUGCUGCCCCUGCAGCACCCGCACCACCCCUCCCCGCCACAGGGGAUGCACAUGCCCCCCCAGAUGGAGACCCCGAGGAUAAUGAUGACCCCUCCUCCUGUGACCCCGCAGCAGCCCAAGAACAUACACAUCAACCCACACUUCAAAGGGACAGUGGUGACUCCCGUUCAAGUGCCCUUACUGCCGGUCCCCAGCCAGCCGAGACCCGCGGUGGGACCCCAGAGAUUCCCAGGCCCUCCAGAAUUCGCACAGCACACACCUGGACCUGUUCCCAACAACUUCAGUCAGCCCCCACGACUUCCUCUGCAGGACCAGUGGAGAGCCCCACCCCCACCUCAGGAGCGAGAUCCCUUCUUCUUAGGAGUUUCAGGUGAACCGAGGUUCCCAAGUCAUCUUUUUUUGGAACAGCGAAGUCCCCCUCCACCACCACCUCCUCCCACGCUUCUUAACAGCAGCCAUCCUGUUCCUACUCAGAAUCCUUUACCAUUCACACAGCCAGGACCAGCAUUUAAUCAGCAAGGACAGCAACCCGUGUUCCCUAGAGAGAGGCCUGUCAGGCCAGCCCUGCAGCCUCCGGGUCCGGUGGGAAUUCUGCACUUCAGCCAGCCAGGGGCAGCACCCACACGGCCUUUCAUCCCUCCCCGACAGCCCUUCCUGCCUGGCCCCGGGCAGCCCUUUCUGCCCACUCACGCGCAGCCCAACCUGCAGGGGCCGUUGCAUCCUCCACUGCCACCUCCGCAUCAGCCGCAGCCGCAGCCCCAGCCGGCUCAGCAGCAGCCCCCACACCACCAGCACCAGCCCCCACCCCAGCCCCCACCCCAGCACCAGCCUCCCCCACAGCACCAGCCGCAGCAGCACCACCACCUGUCCGUGCCGCCCCCGCCUCUGAUGCCCAUGGCCCAGCCUCAGUUCAGGCCUCACGUGCAGACCGCCCAGCCUCAGCCAAACAGCAGUCGGGUGCAGGGCCCCCAGCGCCAGGGGCCCAGGCACAAUACAACUUCUCAGAACGUAACCAAACGGCCCAUGCAGCAAAUGCAGCCCACUGCCCCAAGAAACAGUAAUUUGCGUGAGUUACCGAUAGCGCCGUCGCACGUUAUGGAGAUGAGUGGCAGUCGCUGCUCCUCCACGCCCGCGGCUCAGGUGAAGCCCAUCGUUAGCGCCUCGCCGCCCGCCAGGGCUGCGGUGGUGUCCAGGAGCUCGCAGGGAAAGACUGAAGCGAAAGUCAAGCCAGUUAGCCCCGUGGCUCAACCGAAAGAAGAAGCCAAAGUGGAGCCAGAGUUUCCUGAUGAAGAUGAGGAGACAAGGUUAUAUCGCUUGAAGAUAGAAGAACAGAAACGCCUAAGAGAAGAAAUCCUAAAGCAGAAGGAGUUACGACGGCAGCAGCAGGCUGGGGCCAGGAAGAAGGAGUUGCUGGAAAGACUCGCUCAGCAGCAGCAGCAGCAGCAGCUCUAUACCCCACCGCCCCCGGUGGAGCAAGAGGAGCGGGCAUCUUCACCGUCCCCCACCAACGGGAACCCACUGCUGCCCUUCCCAGGUGCACAGGUCAGACAGAAUGUGAAAAACAGACUUCUUGUUAAAAACCAAGAUGUCACUGUUCCAAAUGUUCAGCCCAAAACAUCAAAUUUUAUACCGUCUGGUGCCAACAUGCAGUAUCAAGGACAGCAGAUGAAACCACUGAAACAUCUGAGACAGGCCAGAACAGUCCCUCAAAGUCAAACUCAGCCGCUGCAUAAAGUCCUCCAGAUAAAACCUGCAGACAUGGAAGAGACUGCCCGGGUGGCGUCCAUUCAGGGCCGGCCCCAGGACAUGAAGCCUGGUGGGAAAAGGACUGUCACGCACAGGACAAACAGCGGUGGUGGAGAUGGGCCCCAUGUCAGCUCCAAGGUCAGGGUGAUUAAGCUGUCAGGCGGGCAGGGAGGAGAGAGCGAUGGCUUCUUUCACCUUGAAGGCCAGCCCCAGCGGCUUCCUCAGCCUCCAGAAGUGGGACCACAGCCUGCCCGCAAGGUGACACUGACCCGGGGGGGCCUCCAGCAGCCCCCACACCUACCACCGGGACCCCACACACACUCGGCUGUCCCUCCAGGGAUCAAAAGCAUCCAAGGAAUCCAUCCGGCGAAGAAGGCCAUCAUGCACGGGCGGGGCCGAGGGCUGGCCGGUCCCAUGGGCCGGGGGCGCCUGGUGCCCAACAAGCAGAACCUGCGGGUGGUGGAGUGCCAGCCGCAGCCCUGUGUGGUGUCUGUGGAGGGGCUGUCCUCGUCAACCACCGAUGCCCAGCUAAAGAGCCUGCUGAUGUCCGUGGGACCCAUUCAGAGUUUACAGAUGCUUCCCCAGCAGCGGAAAGCCAUAGCUAAGUUCAAGGAGCCAGCCCACGCGUUAGCGUUUCAGCAGAAAUUCCACAGGCAUAUGAUAGAUUUAUCCCACAUAAAUGUGGCCCUGAUCGUGGAGUGACUUCUAGCGGGAGCCCUGACCUUGUGCUGUACACACACUGUGGGAUUUCUUCAAGGAAGCUGCCAGCCGGCGCAGAGUCCCCAGGAGCUUAGGUCUCUCCGGGCUGUUGCCUCGAGCGCCAGCCAGCCACAGGGUUGAUUCAGAAGAGCUGAACUUACACAGCCAGCUGGAGUUCGGUGUUAGGUUGAUCGCUUCAGAUUCUGUUGUCACCGCAAAGAACUCCAAGUUUUUCGUUUUCUUUUGUUUUCUAAGUGCUUACGAUGCAUGUAGACAUUGUUCUUCGUGAUCUGACUGUAUGAUCGAUCACAGUGACUUAGAUUCAGGAAAGAACAUUAAUGUCACAAAUUCCAAGUAUUUUUCACAGCAAAGAAUAUUUGAUAAUGGUUGCGCUUAUCUUCAGUGCAGGCUAGAAAAGAGUCUUCCCAACCAAGCUUAGCUUGAGUGGGCUCCUCAGAAAGCUCUCAAAGGCUCCUGUAAAACCUAGAUUGAAAUUUGGGUGAUUAUUGAUCGACAUUUGCAUAUCCUGGAAAGCCAGGGUAUGAGUGGGGUGGUUGGGAGUGGUGCCAAUUGAACGGAGAUUCUGCUUCUUGUCAGUAUUUCUAAAGCGCCAACUGUAUGCUCCUGGUCCCGAGGUGAACUGCCCACUUUUUUACACUCUUCUCCAGUCAGGCAAGGGCUCUGGCAGGCCCCUGGCGUGGCACAGAGCAGGGUCUGCCAUGCCCUUGAGGUGGCGGAACAGCCUGAAAGUAGGACAGACCUGUCCAGCUUUUUCUCUCUUUUCAAAUGCAGCCCAGGGUGGCGUGUUUGUCUCGCCGGCUCUGUGAAUGUGAUUCUUUGGGAACCUGGCUAUCAUUGCUUUGAUUGCCCUUUUUUUUCCCGAAGGCCACUUGAGCAGGGGCUGCACUGUCCUUUAUUGGACCUGAGAUGAGGCAAGACUGUGGGGCUGUCCGUGGCGUGUGGCUUGGGGGUGGCUGUCUUCCAGGGACAGCGUAGCCCAAGCUGAGAUGUGUCUGUGUCAUCGUUGAAGCCGCUUUUAGCAAUUCUGGGUAGGUUCCCUUAGGUGAGACUGACGCUGCACAGAAACCUUAGUAGAAUUUGUUCUGGGCAGACACUGAACAAAGUGCCUUACUGUCUUCUGCUCAUGAAGUGUUUCGCUACUUUGGAUAUUCUAAAGUGGACCUGAACCAUUUGAGCAAAUAAUACUAGGGCAUACUCAGACUUUUUAGCUAUGUUUUAUACGUACAAUUUCAUGUCACAUUUAUUAAUAGAAUUAAGGGAUCUAGAAGCCUGUUACCACUUACUGCCUCUGGAGCGAGUGUGGCCCUAGGGCUGUCGGCCUCCGGAAGGAGGGGCUGGGGAUGAGGGCACAGGCUUGUCUCCUCUUGUGUCCACAGUUGAAAUUUUAUAUAUUUAUUCAAAUUAAGUUACCAAAACAAUAUUAAGAACUGGAGAAGAAUAUUCCAGACCCUGUGAGACCUUGUGUAGCCUGGAUUCUAAACGGCAUUGUGUGCUUACGGGAAACACUGGCAGCUGCAGGUGGGGGUUGGCGGCUGCUCUUCAGAAGCAGCGGCCCCAGGAGACCACAGCACCGUGGCUGUGCUGGUCCCCUGCAGCUGUGCUGCCGGGCGCCUCUGGCCCAGACAGCCCCGACCCAGCUUUGGAAGACGGGCUCGUAAGCCAGCCCUGCCUGGCGGUGCCGGUGGGGGACACCCAUGCGACAGGUCCCUUCCCCUCAGUGGCUCCUCCACCAUCAGGAGCCACUGUGCUCACAGUUAGAUGCCGAUGUGCUCAUAUAUUUAAAAAGCAUAGUUUAUUUAUCUCAGUCCACAGAGAGUUACGUCGAAAUGAUGAGUUUGGUAGCUCCUGGGCUCUAAUUUUAAAGAGAGCUCCAAACCACUUAGUGUACCCAAGGGCAGUGGGAAGGCUUACUAACUUAUUUUAUCACCGAAAACUUCCUGAUGCAAUAAAAUGAGUUUAACAAAUUUUUACCACUUUCUGAAGUAGUCUGAGUGUGCUGUGGUUUAAAAACCAACAAUCUGCACGCAGUCUCUGAGAAGCAGGCACGAAGCACACGGCAGGCAGCCAGUGUUAGUGACGCCAGCCCGGCCCGGGCACCGUUGCUCACAGCAGGCGCCAUGGCUGCUGGAAGGUCUGCGUUUGGUGCCGAGUGUGACGGGGACCGGGCAGGUGUGUGUCUGUAACUGUGCACACACACAAGUUUUCUCUGGGUAGAAUGCUCCGGAAAGGCCAUCAGCAGAGUCUCCCGGCCUGUCCUAAAGCACCAGUUAGAACAGCCACACACAGUCCCGCUGCUCUUACUGCAAACGACCAUUGGAAAUGGGCUCUUAGUUCCAGACCAUCCCAGUAAUAAAGAGUUAGUUUCCUUUAAGGAAGCUGCGGAAAAGGAAAGAAGCAGAAUUAGAAAGUAAUGUUAUUUCCAUUUUUCUUGCGCUUCUCGCUUUUCGCAGCGAUGUCAGACCGCAUAAGCUGAACCCUCGUGGAAGAUCUGCUGCAACCAUUAUCUUUGUUCUUUAUUUAUCAUGCAUUUAAAACGAGAGGCAGAAGCAUUUAGCAUACUGUGUAAAUAUGGACCUUUUAAAAUCAGAAUGUUACUGGGAAUGCUUUCAACUCAGCAACAUCUUAGCUAUUUGUUAGUUCUUUUGUGUUGUCGUAUCAAAGUUUAAUGGAUACAGUUCCAUAAUUGUUGAUGUGUUUGUGUGUAUAUUCGAUUUUUAUAAAGAUGGUAGUAAGUCAAUACAUUUAUCCUGAUCUGUGUAUUAUUUGUUCACAAAUUCAAGAAGCCUAACGGCAGUAAAUACCAAUAUAUUUCAUAAGGUAAAUCAAUAGAUAAUUAUGUGGAGCCAAGUUACUUUUCUCUUUCUUUUUGCGUUACCUUGUUUUGAUUUUGUGAUGUAAUAUAAGUUCACUUAGCCACGUGUCUGAACAUAGCACUGCAUUGCCAUCGGCCGGCCCCAUUGUUAAGUCCUCAUGCGGACACUCUUCUAAAGGGUAACUCUCGUCUCCUUUCCGAGAGAAAUGUUGAGGGGUCCCCCUCUCAGGACAGGCGGCGUCCUAUAUAGGAGCCUGCACCCUGCCUCGCUGGAGGAGAGUUUAUGGGUUGGGAGCGGGAAGUGGUUUCAUCGGAACUGUUUCUAAUAUGGGUAGUCCUUAACGUGAUUUGUAAAGGUCCCGGACCAACAGUUGUUUAAGCUGUAGCAUUUCUGAAUUGUGACAGAGCUUAGAUCCUGCACCCAGCUUUUUUUUCUGAAAUAGCAUUUUGAUGAGUUCUGUAAGCAGAAGGCUUUGUUACUGAAGGAGGUGGGAGGAGUUUAGUGUGAAGGGGAGGGAGGGAGGGAGAGGCCCGGGAGAGGAGGGUCCUGUAGGAUGGGGAAGCUGUCCUCCCAAUGUUAACAGGAAACUUCUAGCACACUGGCCAUAAGGGGAGGUCAUCGGUCACGUGGAGAGCUCGCAGGCCAGGGCGCCUGCAGGCAGCAGGGGAGCGUCCGCUGGAUGAAUCUCACGGCAGCGGGACAGGGCCACCCUCCCGGGCGCCUGCGUGGCUCCUCUUAUAGGACCCGGGCACGGUGAGGCGCGGCAGGCGCAGAAACCCGAGGACCUGGAGCCUUCCUCCUAGGGUGGGUUUUAAGAACCAUCCAUUUUUUGUUGUUGUUGGUUUUUUUUUUUUUUUUUUUUUUUUUGGCUUUUGGUUUUUAAUUUUGGUCUGUUUCUUUUGUUUUUUAUUUGUCACUUUAAUGGGAAGGUAAGCUCAACAGGCUCAUAGUCCAUGGACUGACUUGUUGAAGACAGGUUGUAGUCACAUAAUUGCACAAAAAAAGGGGGUCUGUGUGUGUGGCGGCCGUAGUGUUGUUCCUGGACAUUGCAGAGUCCUGGAAACGCCACUUCUCUGUGGCUUUCCCUCCUUUGCCCUCGCUGGAGAUAGGAGCUGCCCAGGAGUCGAGAACCAUGUCCCAGUGCAGGGUCUGCAGGGCCGGGGUCCCUGGGGGUGACUCCAGGCUUCUGCUUUUCUGUUGUUCCUCCUGCCUCCUCUUCGGAGGACUCAGCUCUGGCUUCGCAUACUCCCUGGCAGACCCUUCUUGCCCUUGUUGUAUUAAGCUAUAACCCCCAUCCUCUUUUUUUUGUUUUGUUUUUUUCUUUUUGCUUAUUUGGAGUGGGAGGGGAAAGGGUGGGAGAGAGAGAAAACUUGAAAGGGAUUGUUUGGUCUUUAAAACCUUGUAAGUGGUGUAUUCUAAGACGGGUAACUAUUGGGGUGUUGAAGGAUAGGAAGGGACUGAGAGGUCCCCCCCAAAUAAAGGAAGCCACAAUAAGUGUAGAUGAAUUAGGAGUAAAGUUUAGAUACUUUACUGUAUUUAACAAACAUUUCUACUGACCUCAACUAUUUUUAAAAUUUGUGAAUGAAGUGUUAUUUGGGACAUUCUUAAAUAUGAACUCUCCCAAGGCAUUUAGCCUUGACUUAAUAUUAAAUCCUAAGGAUUUUAUGUAAGGUUUUUUGCAACCUAUUUAAUUUUUAUCAUUCAAAAUACCUAACUUCUUAGGUACAUAAACCCAUGGUUUUGUGUCCUGGAACCAAAGCAGAACCACUGAUUCAUAUUGGAUCCCAGGUGUACUGGUGGCAGUGUGGUCGGAAGGGCCGUUUGUCUCACACGCUGUCACCUGUCUCUGCUAGAGGAUGUUUUAGACACCUCAGCUCUCUCUGUCAUGUUUGGUAGGAAAUCUUUAAAUUUUGACGGGUGGAUGGAACAGGUAUUUUUAGUGAGACGUUUCUUGAGUACUUUUUCCUUUUACUUCUAACCGACUAAAAUAUACAGAGGUCUUCAUGCUUGGUGUUUUGCUUGUUUUUAGUUCGCUAAUUUUAAAAGGUAUGUAGAAAAAUAUAGGGCCUUUAAAAGGAAAGAAAUGUCAUGUAGUUUUUUAUCUUAAUAUGUUCCAGAGUGGACAAGCAGACAGGUACUGUUUUUAAUGUAUUCUGUGUUUAAUAAUUUAACGUACUCUAGAAAGUAGACUCAUGACAUUCUCUUAGCAUGAUUUUCUUUUAAACUGCUCUUCAUUUUAAGGGCGCAUGUAGUGGAAGCUGAUUUUUAAAGGACUUUAGACUUUAUGCAUUCUACAGUAUUUUCUUAGAAUGUAUACAAUUUUAAAAUAACAUGCUCACACAACACGUUUUGCUAUCAACCCAGGAGCAAGUAAUCACUCAUUUUAUAAUCCAGCUUUGCUUUUCACAGGUGUGGCAUCCAGAAAGGUUUCCUCUGUGAGGGCUUUAACUCUUGGGCUUUAAUUCUGCUAUUUAAUUUUCAGGUAUAACAACGACAAAGCACACAAUCUGUUUUUUCAUUUUUGAGCUGGUUCUGUUUGUUGGACGUUACUGUUCUCUUCUUGAGCCUGUUCCUUCCGUAACGGCACGGCUUGGCCACGCCACGCGCUGGGCUGUCCCUCUCCUUGCUCUUCUCUUCUUUCCUGACUCCAACUCGCCCGCCGGCCGGACGCUGACCGCUCCUUCCCGCGCUGAGACCCUGCGCUGUCCCUCGCUUUCCGGCUCCGUGGGUUUCCCCGCUGCCCUCCCGCCCUGCUGCCGCCCUGGCUGCCGAGGGGCUGUCCCUCCUCCCCUCGGUGUUCGGUGCGGAGCCCCGCCCUGGGCGGGGGCGUCGUCAGUGCUUUUGGUCUGCGUUCACGACUGGAUCACCCCUAAACCUUUGCUUUGACAGGUCUUGACUCACGAUUUAUUCCUCCAGGUCUGAUGGGGAGAAUAACAUUUGAUUCUGUUGCUUUGCAGUUUGGCCCUGUAGGAGUUGGCGAUGCAAAGGUGCCGGCGACGGCGGCGCGCGGUGGCCGUGCCAUUAAUCACCCCUUCUGUUUCUCACCCUCUACUUUGCAGGACCUCUUGUGCGUGGGCUCAGUGUUAGUAGUAGCGCCGCUCAUUCCGCUCGGAAGUGACGGCCGUCUGGCCUUGGUGCCGCCCUCGCCGACUGGGGCCGCGCUGGCCGUGAUGCGCACGCGCGCUGGGUGCCGCAUCCGGGCGCCGCUCUGGUGUGGGGUGUAGUCUGUGUUGCCUGGGAGUGCUUGCAAGUUCAGAAAUCGAGAUGGCUGGAUUGCAUUCCCCUGGGUUUGAUCUACUUCCUGUUUUCUGCCAAGUGCCCGACGUUUACGUUUGUGGAAAUGACGUUGCCUUGUUUUACCCCAUUGUUCACUUUGCGUUCAUGGCUGCGGUAACUUUUUCAGGAAUAUAUGUGAAGAAUAAUAGUGACGUAGUUAAAAAGCAGAUGUAUUGUUGUGUGUAUCAUUUGUGUGACUUCAUACCAAAAAAUGUGUUUCAGCUUUACUGUAUGUAAUUUCAAAGGUGUGUUAAUAAAAUCUUGCAGUUCCCACUCUGA